UGCUUCCCAUUAAGUCAUCACCUCUCUAAACCACUUCUCUUCCUCUUCUUUCUGACUCUUCCAAAGAGUCUUGCAGAUUUAUGAUCUAUAGCCACAUUUGAGGAACUGGUGGUGCAACUUAAUUUCCUCCUAGCAAUGAGGCUUCCCGGUGGCGGCCCCGGCCGGGGUCGUCAUAUGCCACAAAUAUUAGUGGCAUUGGCCAUAUUGGCUAUUGCUAAUAUCGUUUCUGCAGACCCUUAUAUAUAUGCUUCUCCACCACCACCAACUUACGAGUACAAGUCUCCACCCCCUCCUUCUCCCUCUCCACCACCGCCAUAUGAGUACAAGUCACCACCACCUCCGUCACCCUCUCCACCACCUCCAUAUGUGUAUAAAUCACCACCACCUCCAUCACCUUCUCCCCCACCACCAUAUGUGUACAAGUCUCCACCACCUCCAUCACCUUCUCCCCCACCACCAUAUGCGUACAAGUCUCCACCCCCUCCAUCGCCAUCUCCCCCACCACCAUACGUGUACAAGUCUCCACCACCUCCAUCACCUUCUCCUCCACCACCAUACUACUAUAAAUCACCUCCGCCACCCUCACCCUCACCUCCACCACCUUAUUACUACAAGUCCCCGCCACCUCCAUCACCUUCGCCACCACCACCUUACUACUACAAGUCCCCACCACCACCUGAUCCCUCACCACCACCACCAUACUACUACAAGUCUCCACCACCACCCUCACCUUCACCACCUCCACCUUACUACUACAAGUCCCCACCACCACCCUCACCUUCACCACCUCCACCUUAUUACUACAAGUCCCCCCCACCACCUUCUCCUUCACCACCACCACCAUACUACUACAAAUCGCCACCACCACCCUCACCGUCACCACCUCCACCUUAUUACUACAAGUCUCCCCCACCACCUUCACCAUCACCUCCACCACCAUACUACUACUCUUCCCCACCACCACCCAAGAAAUCACCUCCUCCACCAUACUAUUACUCCUCUCCUCCACCACCCAAGAAAUCACCUCCACCCCCAUACUACUACAGUUCUCCACCACCACCAGUUAAGUCUCCUCCUCCACCAUACUACUACUCCUCCCCUCCACCACCAGUUAAGUCACCUCCUCCACCAUACUACUACACAUCCCCUCCACCACCUACUCCUUACUACCCUCCUCAUCAUCCCUUGAUCGUUAGGGUUGUUGGAAAAGUCUACUGCUACAGAUGCUAUGAUUGGAAAUACCCAAAGAAGUCCCAUGACAAGAAGCACCUCAAAGGUGCUGUUGUUGAGGUGACAUGCAAGGUUGGUGACAAGGAAAUCAAGAGCUAUGGUACCACUAAGAUCAAUGGCAAGGUUGCCAUCACUGUUGAAGGAUUUGAUUAUGCCAAAUAUGGAGCAGAUGCAUGCAAGGCUAAACUCCACGAGGCACCAAAGGGAUCAAAAUGUAACAUUCCCACAAAUCUUCAUUGGGGCAUGAAGGGUGCGAGCCUCAAAGUGAAAUCAAAGAAUAAGUACGAAGUUGUACUCUCUGCAAAACCAUUUGCUUAUGCUCCAAAAAUACCAUAUGAAGAAUGCAUGAAGCCUAAGCCAACUCCAACUCCUUACUACUACAAAUCUCCUCCACCUCCAUCACCAACAUACGUAUACAAAUCUCCACCUCCUCCAUCACCAACAUACGUACACAAGUCACCACCUCCUCCAUCACCGGAGUACGUCUACAAGUCUCCACCACCUCCAUCACCAAAGUACGUCUACAAGUCACCACCUCCUCCAUCACCAAAGUACGUGUACAAGUCACCACCUCCUCCAUCACCGAAGUACGUGUACAAGUCCCCACCUCCUCCAUCACCGAAGUACGUGUACAAGUCCCCACCUCCUCCAUCACCGAAGUACGUGUACAAAUCACCACCACCUCCAUCACCCAAGUACGUAUACAAGUCACCACCACCUCCUCCAUCACCGAAGUACGUGUACAAGUCCCCACCUCCUCCAUCACCCAAAUAUGUGUAUAAAUCACCACCACCUCCAUCACCCAAGUACGUAUACAAGUCCCCACCACCUCCUCCAUCACCGAAGUACGUGUACAAGUCCCCACCUCCUCCAUCACCGAAGUACGUGUACAAGUCCCCACCUCCUCCAUCACCCAAAUACGUGUAUAAAUCACCACCACCGCCAUCACCCAAGUACGUAUACAAGUCCCCACCACCUCCAUCACCCAAGUACGUAUACGAGUCUCCACCUCCUCCAUCACCGAAGUACGUGUACAAAUCACCACCACCACCACCUUACUAUUACAAGUCUCCUCCACCACCAUCGCCAUCUCCACCUCCACCAUACUACUACAAGUCUCCACCACCACCAUCGCCAUCUCCACCUCCACCAUACUAUUACAAGUCUCCUCCACCACCAUCGCCAUCUCCACCUCCACCAUACUAUUACAAGUCUCCUCCACCACCAUCGCCAUCUCCACCUCCACCAUAUUACUACAAGUCUCCACCACCACCAUCGCCAUCUCCUCCUCCACCAUACUAUUACAAGUCUCCUCCACCACCAUCUCCAUCACCCCCACCUCCAUACUACUACAAGUCUCCUCCACCACCAUCGCCAUCUCCUCCUCCACCAUACUACUACAAGUCUCCACCACCACCGGAUCCAUCUCCUCCACCACCAUACUACUACAAGUCUCCUCCCCCACCAUCACCGUCUCCUCCCCCACCAUACUACUACAAGUCACCACCACCUCCAUCACCCUCACCCCCACCUCCAUACUAUUACAAGAGUCCUCCACCACCAUCGCCAUCUCCUCCUCCACCAUACUACUACAAGUCUCCACCACCACCAUCUCCAUCUCCUCCUCCACCAUACUACUACAAGUCUCCCCCACCACCAUCUCCAUCUCCUCCACCACCAUACUAUUACAAGUCCCCACCACCACCAUCCCCAUCUCCUCCUCCACCAUACUACUACAAGUCCCCUCCUCCACCAUCUCCAUCACCCCCACCUCCAUACUACUACAAGUCUCCUCCACCACCAUCACCAUCUCCUCCUCCACCAUACUACUACAAGUCCCCUCCCCCACCAUCACCAUCGGCCCCCCCUCCAUACUACUACAAGUCACCACCUCCACUAUCUCCAUCACCUCCACCUCCAUACUACUACAAGUCUCCUCCACCACCAUCACCGUCUCCUCCUCCACCAUACUACUACAAAUCACCACCACCCCCAUCACCAUCACCCCCACCUCCCUACUACUACAAAUCUCCACCACCACCAUCACCAUCUCCCCCACCUCCUUACUACUACCAUUCUCCACCUCCACCUGUGAAGUCUCCUCCUCCUCCAUACUACUACAGCUCACCUCCCCCACCCGUAAAAUCACCUCCCCCUCCAGUAUACAUCUACGGUUCUCCACCACCACCAGUCCACUACUAAGCAGUUUGAAAAGCUUGGCCGUUUUCCACAACCACUCAAAUUUCAGUUUAAGUCACAAAAUAAGUGAUGGCUUCUUGAGGAGAAGAUUCAGAGAUCCAUUGUCAAAAGCAAUCAAUUUAAUCAAUAAGGUGUUCAACUUUGCAAUUGAAAGGUUGAUUCCUAGAGACUUGGACCACUUUGCUACUACUUCUCUGGUGGCCUUCUUACACAUUGUUCCCUUUGUGUCUUCACGUGGAAUCGGCUUCAACAGCUUACGAUUUUAUUAAGAAAAUAGUAAUUAUUUAGUGGAUUUGGAGGUGUAUUUGAGUUUUCAUGUUUGCUUCUUUAUAGUAAUUUAUUAUUGUAUAGGGGUAUAUCUUUGAUUCGUUUGCUGUUAAUUAUUGUUGGCUGUCUCCUAGUGCCUACUUGUGCAUUGUGCACCAAAUCAAUAAAGAGAUGAAUUUCGUUCA